GCUUGGAUCAUGUUCCCAUUGAAAUCUCUGCCAUGGCCUUUUUCGGCGACCGCCUUCGGCGGCUGGCUGGAUGCUGGGCUCCCUUGGACUGCGUUUUCCGCGCUCGAGGAGCAAUUCCUGGGGUCUUGCGUGGGUCUCUUUGUGUGCACUCUGGCCACCGUCACCCUGCCUUACCUCACCGGCGGCGACGUUUGGGUGGCCGCCCUGCGCUUCGUGACGGGGCUCCGGCCCGGGGAACGUCUAUGUCUCGAAGUGCCGCGGAAUAGCCAGGCCACGGUCUUCGUGAACUCGGCGAUGGCGGUGCUUAUGGCCCGGAGCUGUGGCGCCAGCGCCGUGGAUCCGCCUGGUGGCCUGUGGUGCGGCCUGCCGCCGCUGCCACUGGCGCUGGGCUUCGAGGACCCGCAGAGCAGCCUGCGCUCCCUGCGCUCCCCAGGCUCGCUGAGCCCGGCGCCGGCAUCCUGGGCAUCUCGCAGGUGCUGA